AUUCAACAGUCACACCUGGUUAACCUUGCCCUUUCAUGACAAUAGACUAGAAAUAAGCUGAAUGAAAAUUUUGAAAGGUUUUAAAACUUGAGUGGGGGAGAAGUUCUGUUUGAUCCAGGUGGAAUUAUUGAUUCGUUGUUUCGUUUAUACUUACAACCUGAUACAGUUUGUAUUGGGACAGACUAAAGCUAAGAUCUGUAGGACUUUUACGAUGGAUUAUAAACGUUGAAUUUCUUGGGCACCAUGCUUGACACGGAGAUUAGGAAUGAUUCACCAUUUUAAAAAACAACAAUUUAAACUACAUGUUCAGUGGGCAGUGAAAGUAGACAGUGUGUCAAUCUGAAUGUGUUUAUCUUGAAGAAUUCGACAAGGCAUUGUGCUCCGUUGUCUAAGACAUUGCGUGUGUUUUGUACCAUGAAACCUAAAAAGGGGUCAGACUUAGAAAAGAGGAUCAUUAAUGCUUAUCAGAGAUCAUUCAUCAAAAGCUGAAGUCUGCUGAAGGUUUUUUUUACCUGUUUGAAAUCGACAACCAAUGGUAAAUCAAUGUACCGAGUCGUCUACCUGUGUAGAAAAUAAGAACUGUGCUUCUCCCAUAUAAGGACUCGUAAAUUUGAAUUUUUUUGUAGAGAAUGUGAUUAUUAAUGCACCCAAAGACACGAUCAGUCCAGAACUGUUAGUGCAGGCAGAAUUUUCUCUCAGCAGUGCGAAAAUCAAUACAUAUUAUAAACAUCGGGAGACAGAGAUUCCCACCAUGAAAUGUGCCGGCAUGUUAUGCAGGAGUGCAGGGCAGGGCAGCCAUGCAUGACCAUGUGUGAUCUGUGUAAAAGCUGUUUGUUUAUGUCAGUUUAAACAGUGGAGGGAAAGAGACAAAAUAGGAGUGAUAAUUGUUACUGUUUAACGACUGACGUGUGUAUUAGUUUGUGAAGUACCGGUAAAUGAAUGGUGAAUACCCUGGACUAAAAUACAAACGAUUACCUUACUAGUGUUUUUACAUGGACAUCAGAUAUUAAUAUAGGAAUGAUAUCUCCCAGGGUUUUGUGUAUAGGAGGGAGGUAAUUUUAUUCCAUUGAUGACAACUUGAAACUAUAAGCACUGAUCAUGUCUUACAGUUCAUUAAUGACAAACAUUUGGCCUCCUCCAAAUGAUGAGGUAAGGUCACGCCUAGAACGCCUACAGGAACUGAAACAGCUGAGGGAAAAGAGAGGUGUAAACACUAGUACCACCUCGACUGCAUCUGACGAGGGGGGUCAAGCGUCCGAGGGAUCCAGACUCAGCCGCAGACAAAUGCUGAGUACCAGGACUCUACCAACAUUGAGGAGACAGGAAGAGUGGAGACUCAGGUCAACCGCGGAGAAGACGACCAAGAGCGACCAGCACGAAGCCCUCGGGGACAGGCUGACACGAAGCGACUACGGUGGGGCACGACCCAAGAAUCUCGCUGCCUCACUGCGCCAAAACUUAUCGCAGUCAUCUGAGAUCUUGACAUUGAUAAAGAAGAAUGAGCCUCAGGGGCCCGAGAGACAUAGGACAACAUCGGCAGAUAGUGAUACAUUUGAUGAUCACCAUCCAAGUGAGAACGUGAUAAAUCGCUCUACCUCUGCUAGACUCACGUCCAUUGGAAGUUUGGGUAGCUUAGCGGAUGAGUUAGAAACUGAUAUCAAAGCAGCGAAUGUGAGUGUAGAAUCGGAGAACACAGACCAUGUUGAGGACAUUGAAAGUUUUAAGCAGAGCUUAUACGGUAAUGUCUCAGAGACAGCCAACUCUGUGACAAAAGGUAUAUCACAGGACAGGGUGUUAGCUCCAUUCACAGACAUAACAGGAAUCAUUAAAUCCACAGGCUUGUCUAACAGAGUGGGUUCAGACAAAAGUGAAAGUAGAAGUCUGGUUGGAGAUUCGUCUAGAUGGAGGAAAAACGUUCACAGUGCUGAAAAAACAACCAAAAUACCCGAGGUCAGUGAAAAAUCACUUAGUAAUGGUAUAACUAAUGAAGGCGAAAAUGUUAACUCAAAUUCUGUGGCAGCUGAAAAACAAGGUGAUCAAAGUGAAAGCAUUGUGUCAGUCAAUAAAAUAUUUGAGGACAGUGAUAGAACAACAUUUGAACGUGAAAACAUUGUAACAGGGUCAACUGGCAGUAACAGUGAAAGUCUGUCUGCAUCAGAUAUACAAAGUAACAGUGUAAUUGUUGAAACAAGUAGUGAAGUCUUGGAUGGAAACAGCGUGCUGGACAAUUCCAGUGACAUUGUCAUUCGUGGGUCAUUCAAUACAAGUGAUCUGGCCUCGGAUUAUAGUGUGAGGAGUCAAGCCGACAUGUCAGAUUACAGAGACAGUAUUCUGAAUGAGAGUGACAGCAUCUUUGACUACUCUUAUGGUGGUGCUCCAGAAGAAGAUACCUUUUGUGACAGUCAGGAUUCCUGGCAGAGGGAUUGGUCGUUGGUUGGAGAUGGGAGUAGAAGGCGGGAGAGUUCUGGCUUAUAUAACAAAGACCGUUCAUGGCAGACGGACCGAUCAACAUUUGAAAGAAUUGGAGGAUAUGCUCCAAAACCAUCCAGGAGGGAAGUUCUCACAGCUCCUAACCGACCCAAACCCUCGACUCGAAUCGUUAGAUACACCUCUCUCCCCAGCAGUGCUGACACCCGCGUAUCUGAUAUACGAUCCCGAUAUUUAAAUAGGGAUACUGUAGACUCUUAUUCCGGUUUAUAUCAAAAUGAAGAUGGCUUCACUUCCUCUUACAGAGAAACAAAACAAGAAGAUAUAUCUAGUCGGUUGGGAAACAUUUUAAGUGACAGUUUCAAGAAGUUUGAUAGUGUUAUAGACGGCGGUGAAACUCAGAGGCGGACUGAGGAACCAUCUAGAAGUUUACGUAGAAGCUACAGUCAGAAAGGGGACAGUAUCGGUGAAACCAGAAUCGGGCGAUAUAGGAAAACCAGUGAAACAAACAGUGAAAGCAAUUACAGAAGUGGUGUGGACACUGGCAUCGACAGUAUCGGUGAACCCAGAAUCGGGCGAUAUAGGAAAACCAGUGAAACAAACAGUGAAAGCAAUUACAGAAGUGGUGUGGACACUGGUAUCUCUGCAACACAGCCAAAUCUUUACAUGCAUGAGUUUAUUGCUAACAUAAGAAGUAGAACAAGUGGUGAUAGUGUGAAAUCCAGUCGUAUUAAGCCAUUAGCAAGAACUAGUGGUGUCAGCUCUGUCAUAGAGAAUGCAAAGAAAAUGUUACUGGGAAUUCAAGAUGAACCAGAAACCAGUGAUCAGGAUGAACAGUUCCUUCAGUUGAGGCAGCAAACAGAGUUUCUGACUGAAUCCCUGGAAGAAGCUGGUAAAUCUGACAAUGAAGAAGUAUGUGAGAGUGAAGGACAGUCAGAGGAAGACAUCAUUGAUAACACUACAGCGGCAGUGCUUGAAAGAGGAGGCAUUAUAACACUGACUCCAGUACCCCCUGAAGCUGACAAAGAGGGAGAAGAAAUGGAGGGUGAGAGUAUCCAGAGUGUUGAAGUGGAUGAGGACACUGUGUUAGUGAAUAAAGCGGUAAAAAGUGACUCUGGGCCAGUUACAGCAGAACCAGGUGUGAUAGAGAAAGAAGGUUCUCCCUUGUCCAAUGAAACAGAAACAGUUGACAACAACUCUUCAAACAACCAGUCUGACAGUAAAACAACUGAUAGCAAACCAAAACAACAGACCACAAAUAAAGGAAAAAAUAAAAAGAAGAAGAAAGGAAAGAAAAAGAAGGAAACAGAAAAUAAGUCACCAAGUAGUGUUGAAAAAGGCAGCCAAAGCAGUAGGAGUGUUGAGACAGAUCCUGCUGAACAAACUGUGACCAGUGAAAUUGCUGACAGCUGUCUGCAGAAAGAUGGCAGUGGAUCGGUAGGGAAGCAGUUUGACAGCAUGAUAGAGGAUAUAGAUCACCAGAGUGAGAAGACUUCUGUUGCCACUGAGGACCUUCUCUCUCUGAUUGGAAAGGGAGAAGGAAAUGAUUCCCUGGCCAGUAAGACAGAGAGUGGUGGCUCCAAUAUACAAUGCAACAACUCAAAAAACAGCAGCAAUGAAGCCACUAGCUCAAAGAUGUCUGAAGAAAACUUUGCUACCUUUGAAGAAGAGGAUCCACUAGCUGUUGUCAUGAAACAGAAAAAUGGCCAUGGUAAUCAUCUUCCAACUGAUAAUGAGUUGUUAGAAACUGCUUCAGAGGAGGAGUUUUAUGAAGCCAUGCCCGGGGAGUUUGUUGAUGAGGAGGGAAAUGUGUUUGUGGAGCACAGAGAAGAAUUCAUCUAUGUCACCUCAGGGUCCAAAGUCAGGAAGAGAAAACUGAGCAAGAAGUCUCUCCUGGGAGAAAAACACAAAGUACAGCCUCAGACUGAUGUGGACAGCUCCAGGUUGGGACAUGUCAAGGAGUGGAUGGAGAGCAACAUCUUUCCUUCCAACAAUACUCUCAAUGUGAAAGAUCUAGGAGUGAAAACCAGUGACCAGGGCAGCUCUUUCUCUGUGGCCUCAACCAUUGGAGACUUUGAUUCAAGGGGAAGCUUGGAUAGCAAGGAAAAAUCUGAGGAUGCCAAGACAGUGAAGAAUGAAUCAGUGCUGAGCAGUGGGACCUCUAAAAGCAGCAUUGUGGCCACAGAGAAAAGGAGCACAUCUGUACAAACUAAAGAUGCAAGUGUUAGAGACAAUUUCACUCAAAUGUUGGUUAAAGCUAGAAAUAUUGGAGUUCAGAUUGAUGUGGAUGUGUUUGAUAAAUUUGUUCAAACCAUAAGUGAGCUUAUGUGCCCUUGUUGUAAGAACACAUUCAAUAUUCAGGAUGCCCUUAACAAUGCAACUCAAGAUGGUUUACAGAAAUGUGAAAAUGACAGAAAUGUGCAGAAAGUUAAGGAGGAACUGAAAUUAAAGCUUUAUACACCAAAUAAAGAUGACGAAGAUAAAACAAAAAUUGUUAAGUCAAAAUCUUCCUCUGGUGCAUCAUCAAAAUCAUCAUCAUCUAGAAAUUCCAUGGCCACACCUCCCAAAAGUCCAUCUUUUGUCUCUUCAACCAAAAGAAGUCCACAUGGGACUCCCCAGGAGAAGAGUCCAUCUGUUACUCCACGUAAACAAAGUCCCUCUCCUAUCAAGAGAAAUUACUCAGCAGAAGUAACUUCUAAGAAAAGUCCAGCUACCACUCCAAGAAAGCAGAGUCCAACUAGAAAAAGUCCAGCUACAACACCAAGAAAGCAAAGUCCAUCUAGAAAAAGUCCAGCUACAACACCAAGAAAGCAGAGUCCAGCAAGGGAAGGAACAACAAUGAAGAGCAAGAAACUGUCACCAUCUAAUUCAACAGAUCAAAGCAGUGAGGAUGGUCACAAGGAGAACUCCAAAGUCAGGAAAGAGAGGGUAUCCAGUGUCCAGAAUCUUCUCUAUCACAAUGGUGAACAAACAACAAUGAAAAAGCCUGAGAUAGCUAAAAAACCAACCACACAAAAGGUAAAAAGGGAGAAAUCUUCUGACAGGGAGAAAAGAGAAGCAUCCGCUGAAAGACGUAGCGAUGAUGGGUCCAGCGAGAAAAGCAAUCUACCUGGAUACAUGCAGCCAACCAAGUCGAGCAGGAGAAAGAAAUCAAUUGGAAGCAAAGAUGAUUUGUUAGAGGAUGGUAAGCAGAAGAAGGGGACACCAACAACACCAAGAAAAACAGUCGCAGAGAAAGAGGACCAGGAGACCUUCACCACAAUGAGUGACAAUCCGUUCAUCAGAAGUGACCGACAACGGGCAUCCGUGGGAUCCAAUGGACAGAAACCAUCGGGAAAAUGGUACAGAAAGGAGCCACUGAAGACAGAAGAAGAUGUGAAGAAGGGGAAAGUGAAGAGUCCAAAGAAACAGAGGUCAAUCUCCACAUCAUCAACAUCUUCAGAGAAAAACCUCUUCAAUGGAAAUUCUGUUGUUAAUAGUGAAAAAAUGUAUAAAAGUCACGAAAAGUUGGAUCUGUCAGAACUUGGGUCUCAGUGCAGUCUGCUAGAGACGGAUUUAGAUGAGGCCAUGGGGUGUAGAAGUGACCGUAGUGAGACAAGCCAAAGCUCAGAAACUGUUCAUGAAUAUGUGGAAACCAUCGCAUAUCAGAGCAGUGUACCUUUGGGGCCUGACCUGAAAAGCUACGCUGAAAAUGUCUCGCGUAACAUUGCAGAGAUGGAGGUGAUGAAGUUGAAUAGUGACAGUAAUCAAAACGAGAAGACCACUAGCAUCCAACUCUCUCUUCCGCCAGGGGCAGAAACAAAGGAAGCUGAGCUAGAGGUCACGCAAACUCCUGACAGCAAGGGAGAAUCCACUGUCCAGAACAAGCUUCUGAGUGAUGAAGAGCAGGCAGGUGUUCCCUUGGAGACGGAACAGGGGCAGGAUGAAGUGGUACCGGUGCGGGUGAACUUGAGUAGCUGGGAUCCAACCAAGUUACUACAGGAUCUGUAUGCCAUCAAGCUCCAGCCAGAUAAUGCCAAGGAUAUCUCCGAUAAGUUUGUGGCCAUGCAAGGACUGAUGGAGAAGCUACCGAUGAACAAAAAAAAGGCCACCCUGCUGAAAACCUGGAAACGACGAUUCUUCAAAGCAGAGGAUGGGUGGCUCUAUUAUUACGAGACCAGUAAUCACGACAAGCCGAGUGACACCCUGCAGCUUAUGGGGGGUAAGGUGGACGACCUCGGGAACAGGAUUCUGGGAAUUGACGACGGAAGAGGGAAGUAUCUGAUGGUGCGCUGCCCCACUGACAAGGAGUAUGGUCAGUGGAAGCUGGCCCUAGAGUCUCAGACCGCGGACAAUGUCAAGGCCACCUACGUUCGUCCUGUGUUGUCCUGCCCGGCACAUCAACAGAGGAAGGUCAUUCUGAUAGACAUAGGAAGUAGUGCCAUACGAGCAGGAAUUCUGGGAGAACAUCCGACGUUACCCACUCUGUUCUUCCCCAACAUGGUGGCUCGCUCUGGUCAAGACAAUGACCUUGUGGUGGGAAUCGAGUCGUAUAAACCCGAGUACAGGAAAGGGCUGGCUAAAACUGUCCGCCCUAUGGAUAAAGUAGAUAAAGAUAUUUUACAGCCUUUUAGCAUUGAUAUGUCCACCAUUGGUGCAGUGUUCAAGAAAAUCUUCACUGAGCUCAAAGUGGAACCAGCCAACUACUGGUUGAUGAUCAGUACCCCACAGAGCCUGGCAGAUAAGAUCCGGGCCGAUUUGAUGGGGGAACUAAUUGACACGUACCACGUGCAGGGAGUCUGUAUGGUGAUGCAGUCACUGCUGGCUCUGUAUUCUUACAACGCCACGUCUGGUAUUAUUGUGGACAUCGGGGAGAGAAUGGAGAUUCUACCUAUCUAUGACGGUUUUGUGAUAGAAGGGGGAGUUUCCCGCCAGUCAUACGGAGGUCAAAAGGUCCUAGAAUCUCUGAAUUCUUGUCUCCACGGUUACAAGUUCUCCACACCCAUUCAACAACUCAUCGUCCGCUAUGUAAUGGAACAGUCCUGUUACCUAGUCACAGAUUACAAAGACACGCUGAAGAAGUGUGAGCAGGACCCAGAAAACUACAGGGCCACCGUCUAUCUCAACAACUUUGAUCUCCCUCAGGGGUCAACCAUGGAGGUAACUCACGACUACAGCUGUUUUAAGAGCCCUGAGGGGUUCUUUAACACCGACCUUUGGGGGAUGGACUAUCCCUGUGUCCACAAGCUGGUGUUCCAAGCCAUCCAGUCCUGUCCCAUCGACAGCAGGAAGAGGAUGUACAGAGCUAUCUACCUGAGUGGAGGGGUGACCAUGUUGCCAGGGUUUGCAGACAGACUGCAGUGUGAGCUACAGAAGCUGGCUCCUCCCUCUGUGAUGGUAGAGGUCCAUGCCUCUCCCCAGCGGUACCACAGCGCAUACAUAGGGGCGUGUUCGCUGGCCAGCAUGGAGCAGUUCCAGCAGAUCUGUAUCAGCGCUGAGGAGUGGAAGAAAGAUGGAGUCAAGACAUUCAGGAAGUGGAAUAUGACUGGAUGAUCUCUGCCCAGGAUUACCUCUCUGGGGAAAUUCUCAAACUUUACUAUAGCAUUCCUUAAUCUACACAUUCUCGCUGGGUACAUUCUCAAACUUAGUUUUUGGAAUACCUUAUCUACACAUUCCAAUUGAUGCACAUAUCUUAAUUGGUGUACAAUUUUAUGUACCGGUAUCUCCUGAAAUGUAUUGUUUCUCUGUGAUCUUUUAAUAACUUAAUUUUUUUUUGGUGUCAAUAUUUGAUAUUUAUAUCUACAAACUGUGUUGUGGUUACAUGUAUUUUCAUUUUCAAACUGAAAGUAGGUUGUUUAGUUGGUUAUUAUUUUUAACUGUAAGAUUAUUCAUUGCCAAAGAUUUGUGUACAUGAGUUUUUAUUUUUAGUGGACUACAAGCAUUGGAACAAAGUCAACGUCUAAGUGCUAAAUAAUGGGUAUUUUGUUGGAAACAUGAAAUGCUGAUAGUAAACAAAUUUUUGAGAAUGAUAUUCACAAUACAAAAUGUGUUUCAAGUUUUGUGAAAAUUAACAAUGUCAUACCUAAGCGCUGCCAGUAAAAUCUCUGUGUUCUGAUUUAUGCAGAUUAUAUCACUUUCUAUUGUGAGCAAUUAAUAAUACCAAGAUUGUCUUCCAUUGCUGUAACCAAGGUUACUGUUCGUUCUCAAGUUGUGUUUUUAAUACCAGGCUCUGAGGCCAUAUCAGGAAGAGAAGCUCCUUUUCUUGUCUUGUGAAAUUAAGUCAUUCUGAAAUCAAUUGUGAGUUUGGGCAGUAUUUUUAGAACCUUUGCUUUAAUGAAUUGUAUUUGUGAGAGUGGAAAUGAUUUCAAUUGUGAGCAGGUCUUGGUCAGUUUAUUGUUCAAACCCCUGACCAACGAUGCAUCCAUUGCUUGGUUUGUAAGUGUAUAAGCUUCUAACUGUAUUUAUUAAUGGCCUGUGUGGGCCUCCAUAUUGUAUUGUCUGAGCUUUGUUUGUGGGGUU